AUGGCUAAAGGUCAAGGUCCUAUCAUUGAAAAUAAUAAGAAAAUAAUUAAAGCACUAUGUCAUAUUGAAGACAAAGAAACCAGGCAAAAUCAGAAUCCGUGGAAUAAUCUGGUUACACUAUAUGCUCUGAUAAAGGCAGCAAUUUUUGUGAUCUCAGAAUUGACUUCCAGACCUCAGAACUGCACUAGGAUCAUCUGUGAUAAAAGGAAGAAGAUCCUGAGCACCAAAAUCAUUUCUAAAGACGUGUUCCGACGAGAUCAGUUGGAUAAACGAUAUCGAACGUCGUUAGGUUUCUUUUUCAUAUUGUUAUCGUCAUUAAUUGUCAUAUUGAAGUCAUAA